CCUCUCUAGUGACUGCUGCAUCUUCUCUGUACGUUCGUUCGAGAGAAAAGUGAGGUCCGUAGCACUCACCAAAAACUAGUGACAAAAAAGUAUGUCGAACGAAAUCAACAGUUUCGAUUGCGACGCAGCGGUGACGGCGCUGGCGUUUACCCUCGAAGAGCUGGCGCUGCGUCAGCAGAGGGACGCCGACUACGAGAGGGAAGUCGACAGCCUGGAACGCAAGAAAUUUCGACUGGAAUCGCGCCUGAGGGCCGUCAACCUCAAGGUCGAGCAACUCAAGAGGGACGCCGCACGUCAGGAGUCGGCCAUCUUGCGAGACUUGGAGCGCGAAACCAAUUCGCUGAUGCAAGAGAUGUCCAAGUCCAAGGAAGAGGCCCGAGAGCUGGAACAACAGUUCGCGCAAGUCGACGCGAAGUGUGAAGCGCUGGAAAAACAAAACGCCGAUCUGAGGAGCGCGGCGGCUGAACUGGAGAGGGCGGUCGAACAGCUGAAGUCGCAGGACUCCAACGGCGUCGCCGGAGGAUUCAAUAUCAGAAAGCUUUUGCAAGAACUUCGUUUUGAGGUCGCUCAGCUGGAGCAGGAGCAGCGCGAGCUGUGCGAAGCAGAGCGCCAGUCUAUGAUCCGCGUGGAGGCCCUCCUCGCCGAGAAGCGACAGCACGCCGAGCUAACGCGUCAACUCGAGGCCGACAACGACGCGUUAAGGCAAGUACACUACAACUGCCCCGUGAAACGGACGCCUAACCAGAUAUAA